CUUGUUUGCUUAUUCACAGAAUAUUAGAACAGUGGAGUGCUCAACAGCCGGCCUGAUCCAUAUGAGCACAUUCCAAUUGUGUAAAACAUCAGUCGUACUGAAGAAAUUCCUUUCAACAAAGUUUGCUUAACCUCUAUGUUGUUUAGGUUGUCAAGCAAUUCAAUGAGGAAUAUAUUACAGUGUUUUCUUUUAUGGCUUUGUAUCCAACACGUUUCUUUGAGCUGUGAAUACGGGAGUGAACAAGAUGGCUGCCGUCGGAGAUGUAGCGAACACUGUGUCAACCAAUCCUCUUGCAACUUUACCAACGGUGCCUGUAUAGGGGGAUGUACUCGUGGGUACAUGCCCCCUAACUGCACGUUAAAAUUCCCUGCCUGCAGUAGAAAAUAUGAGCUGGACAGCGAUGCAACACAAAUGCUUGUAGCCUUUUUAGUAGUUUCUAUUGUUUUCAUUGUCUUCAUUGUGCCAAUAACUACUGCAUACCUAAGGAAAUAUGAUAAACAAGGCAACUUUUGGACACAUGGAUCGCGUAAACAUUCGGUCUGGUCCAUUAGACGUAGCAUAAAGGAGACUGAAGAAUGUCGACGUCAACACAGAGUACAGUGAAGGAUGUUGACGUCAACACAGAGCACAGUGAAGGAUGUUGACGUCAACACAAGCCACAGUGAAGGAUGUUGACGUCAACACAGAGCACAGUGAAGAAUGUUGACGUCAACACAGAGUACAGUGAAGGAUGUUGACGUCAACACAGAGCACAGUGAAGAAUGUUGACGUCAACACAGAGCACAGUGAAGAAUGUUGACGUCAACACAGAGUACAGUGAAGAAUGUUGACGUCAACACAGAGUACAGUGAAGGAUGUUGACGUCAACACAGAGCACAGUGAAGAAUGUUGACGUCAACACAGAGCACAGUGAAGAAUGUUGACGUCAACACAGAGUACAGUGAAGGAUGUUGACGUCAAAACAGAGCACAGUGAAGGAUGUUGACGUCAACACAGAGCACAUUGAAGGAUGUUGACGUCAGCACAGAGCAAAGUGAAGAACGAUGACGUCAACGUAAGGCAAAUUGAAAAAUGUCUAAACAUCGCCGAAUUUAGUUAUGUUAUAGCUUUGAUAUUAGAGAUAUAUGUUUAAGUUUAAAUCAAACUUCUAUUAUGCCCAUUUGUUUGAAGAAAGUCACGAUUAGAUUGGAGCGAUAUCUCUGCAAGUGGACGUGCCAGAAAUGUUUUCCUACUAUUUUUGUUGGGAUGCUGGAAAAGCAUUUCUACAUUACAUGUGAAAUAGUGGGGUUUUUUUAAAAAUAUACAACAGUGUGCCAACGUUUCGUAAAUAUAUUUUGGUAAAUAAGGUUCAACUCUUUUGACAAUGCAGCGGGGGGGGGGGGGUGUAAUGAAAUGUGGCAAAAUUUUAAUAAUGCCGAAUAAUAUGAUAUCGAAAUUAAAAUGUAUUU